CUUAUUAAUAAGAUUUUAAUAGAGUACUUAGAUAAGUUUAUGAUAAUUUAUAUUAAUAAUAUAUUAAUUUAUAGUAAUAAUACGGCUGAGUAUAAGCUAUAUAUAUAUUUAAUAUUUAAGAAGUUACGAGCUAUAGACUUACAGGCUACUAUUUAUAAAUAUAAGUUAUAUAUUAUAAAAACUAAGUUUCUAAGAUUUAUUAUUACUACUGAUGGUAUCUGGAUAGAUCUAAUAAAGAUUAUUAUUAUUACUAAAUGGAUGACCCCGAUAAUUAUAUAA